AUGGAGCGUUUUGAGUUGGGCGAAAAUAUUCCGAAGAUGAACCAUUUAUCUCGAGUUGCUGUCAUCGGCGCAGGCGCUGGAGGACUUUGUACGGCUUCUCGAUUCAAGCAGCUUGGGAUUGAGAAGAUCAAAAUCUUUGAAUCGGCUAGUCGACUUGGAGGAACUUGGCGAUAUGUUGACGAUCCAAAUGAUGACCCCUGCAGCUCCAUGUACAAAAAUCUACUUACAAAUCUUCCGACAAAAGUCAUGAAUUAUCCCGACUUUCCAUUCCCAGAAGAUACAGAUGCAUUUCCUUCGCACACUGUCAUCUUAAAAUACCUCAAAGACUACGCAAAACGGCAGAAUCUCUCUGAACAUAUUUCUUUCAACGAUCCAGUAGAAAGCUGUUCAUUUGAGAAGAAAGAAUGCACCUGGAAAGUCAAUGAAGAGAGCUUCGACUUCGUUGUUGUUGCGAAUGGUCAUUACACGAAGCCGUCUAUUCCUGAUAUUUUCAAGAGUUCAAGCUUUCAAGGGCAAAUAAUGCAUACUCAUUAUUAUCGUAAAGCCGAAAGUUUAGCGAGGAAGAAUGUUCUUGUCAUCGGACAAGGUCCUUCUGGGCAAGAUAUUUCUCUUGAUCUCCUCGGAAUCGCAAACUCCGUUGCUCUUCUUGGACGGUCAGAAAUAAAGGGAACUCCAGACUCGUUGAGAAAAUUCAUCGGUUGGGCUAAAGAAGUCAAACCAAAUGGUGUCCUUACGAACAAUGGAGACCUAAUCGAGUGUGAUUAUAUUCUGCUAGCAAGCGGGUACUGCUUCGAUUUUCCGUUUUUGGAAGAAAAUGUAAUCGAGUACUCGCCAUGCAGGAAGAAAAUUCAACCACUGUAUAAACAAAUUAUCCACUCUCACUUUCCAUCAUUGGCGUUUAUUGGCAUCCCUUGUACUAUUGUUCCGUUUCCUCUGAUGGAUUGCCAAGCACAAUGGCUGGGCCAAGUUUGGAAAGGAAAUGUAACUCUGCCGCCGACAGAAGAAAGGCUCAAACAAGCGGCAAUUAUCCCUGGCAUUGGAAGGCCCGAGAUUGACCGCCAUUUCCAUAAAAUGUCAAAUGCCCAGUGGAAAUAUGACGAUGACCUUGCUAACGAAGCAAAUUUUGAACCGAUUCCAAGGAGUAUUCAAGACUUGUAUACUCAAGUUUGGGGUGUUCGAUCGGAAAAAGGCCCUGCGGUGUUUCGAAAUGUCCAAUAUAAAGAUUACUACGAUUACUGA